AUGUCUGGAUCUGUCAUACGUGCAAGUGGAUGGGCGGUAGACAACGAGGAUCAGUAUUUGGCGGUCAGCCCCAGUGGGGAGGCUGUGUACCUCUACCAAACGAGUAAUAAAUUCAAUAAGGAAGAAGACAAUAUUGUCAAGCUCCACGAAAAAGCUGAUUUUGAAAAUAUACAAUGUAUAAACUACUCUGGACUGACACCAGGGCUCACAGCUGUUGGUCAGCUCGAUGGAAGAUGUUUGUUAUUUGAUAUCAGGUCUCCGGAGAAUAAGUCUUUUGUUUUAAAGCCAUUACAAUCUAGGUCGUGCAAUUCGGUCUCGUUCAAUGAGAGAGGUCUUAUUGCCAUGGGAUAUGACAGGGGCAGACAGGAUCACUCUAUACAUGUAUGGGAUAUCGGUAGUUUACACAGAGGAGACUAUGGUGGAAAAACAGCAAAGAUAUUCAAUUGUAUUAAUAAUGAGAGUAUAUCGUCUUUAUCCUUCUGUCCUACCGAACCUAGGAAUUUUGUUGCCGGAAGUUAUAAAUUAUUAAGAGAAUUCGACAUUAGGAGUAACCAGCCUGUAUAUCAAAUAGCAACUAGAUGCACCUUGAAUAUCACCGUUAACCCGUUUUCUCCGUUUAUGUUUGCCUCGAAUAGUGAAGACGGUUCUCUUGCAAUAUGGGAUCGUAGAAAGCUAACUGAAUCUUUUCAAAUUAAUAGCACUUAUCAAAGCUCCAGUGUCUCAAGUGAAGGACCUGCAUUGCUGUUUAGUAAACUAUUAAGCGAUUAUCAGAGAAGAACAAAUGGAUCGCCAUAUAGAUUUUCGUCUGUUCAGACAGCUGAAAUUGGUGCCUUAUUUGAUGGCGGAUAUGUCAGAAGAUGGAAAAUCGGUUAUGUACCUCCGCUGGAGCAUGAACUAGCUCAAUAUGAACACAUGGUAAAGGCAAAUAAAGUCGAGAAUCCUACUUUUGUUCCCAAAGUUCCUAAGCCAUCUGGUUCUAUGUUUAUUUCGAAAGUACAUGACACAAAAACCAAGUAUGAAAGGGUUAUUUCGUUUGAUUAUGCACCAUCAAAGGAUGCAGAAUACGGAAUUGAUCUUGUAUGUAUGAGACAGUCGGGUAGUAUAUACAGAAUGAAAGUGAUUGAUAGUCAAAAUAGUCUUACAUUCAACUCCUUCAACGAUAUAACUUUUUGCGGUCCUGACGGUGUGUGCAGCAAGAUUGUGAAUGGGGGAUUUGGGGAAGGACCCCAUAUUGUUGAUCAAAAGACAGGAAAUCUGACUAUUCGUGACGACAGCGGUAACUUCGAGGAAGACAAUGAUCACAUGGGCAAUAAGAGGGCAUCGGAUACAGGGGAGAAGAAAGAUAUCGAUAUUUUUGUUGGCGAUAGUGAUAGUGCAUGCCCAAUUUACGAGUCCUUACUUGUGAAUGAUAUUUGUUCGACCAUCCGAAAGAGAGCCACCAAAGGAUAUGGUGUCAAUGCUAAUGUUAACAUGGAGAUUCUAGAUUCAAUGAAUACCUAUGAGACACAACUACAUUUAAAAAAUGCUUGGAAAUGGAUUGAUAUUUCUUACAACUUGAUAAGUGCUGGAAAGAUGCACUAUGCCGAUUUUGAUUUUGGAUAUCUCGGAGUGUUGGGAAUUUGGAAUAUGAAUAAAGAUUUUAUGAAUUUUAACAGAUAUUCAGGUUUCGACAAUAUAACAGAGAAGGAUGUCACCAGUGCUGCCAGGGGGAUUGUGGAAAGACGCGCUCGUGAAUGUAGCUUGCUGGCAAAACCUGUAAUUGGGUUUACAGGUAAAAAUCAUAAGGAAGUCCAAAGAAGAUUAGCAAUGUAUGUCAUUGGUUGGGAUUUUGGUGUCAGAGAAUUGGAAGAUAAGUAUUCCAACCUAAUUCGAGAUGGUAACUAUGAACGUGCUGCUGGCUGGGCGAUCUUUCACGGUGAUAUUGAUCGAGCAAUUAGAAUUUUGAGUGAUUCUAAUAAUGAAAACUACAAAAUUAUGUCUACAGCUAUUGCAGCGUAUACUGCCUUCAAGGACACAAAUGUGAAUAACACAUGGAAAGACAGAUGUAGACAGUUGGCGUCUGAUUUAGCAGAUCCUUAUUUGAGGAUUAUAUUUGCCUAUAUUGCUGAUGGUAAUUGGUGGGAUGUAUUAGAUGAAACCGCAUUACCGCUUAGAGAACGAUUAGGCGUUGCACUGAGAUUCUUACCUGAUUCUGAACUAGAUGUCUAUUUGAACAGGUUGGCUGACACUGUCAUAGAGAGAGGUGAUAUUGAAGGAAUCCUAUUAACAGGUAUAACAAUGAAGGGAAUCAAUUUAUUGCAAUCAUUUGUGGAUAGAACCAGUGAUAUUCAAAGCGCAUGUUUGAUUGCAUCAUUUGCAAGCCCCAAGUAUUUUGUAGAUAAAAGGGUAGAUAUGUGGGUAGAAAGUUACCGGAUCCUAUUGAAUAGUUGGUCUUUAUUCUCUGCCAGAGCUAAAUUUGAUAUUGCCAGAACGAAGUUGUCUAAAAGGAUGAAUGAACCUGCAAAGGCAGUUCCAAGACAGCUCUACCUUGAGUGUGUAAAUUGUCACAAUUCAAUCACAGAAAGAAACCCACCGGCAGUAGAUGUAAACAUGAACAAUUCAUACGGAGUAUCAACAAAAGCUGGUAGCUCAUUCCGUGGAGGCGCUAUCAAUCAUUCAUGCCAGCACUGUGGUUAUCCCCUACCGAGAUGUGCUAUUUGUUUAAUCACACAAGGGGUUCCUGUGCCUAAAGAGGUCAUGAAUCUGCAUCAAAAUGGAAACGAAGCUAAACUAGAUAGAACUUUUGAUAGACAUGCAUCUCAAAUCGAGGAAAACGAAAGGGCUGAUCUACAACAUGAGCUACAGUUCAAAGAAUGGUUUAGUUUUUGCCUUUCGUGCAACCAUUGUAUGCAUGCCGGUCACGCUGAGGAGUGGUUCUCAAAACAUUAUGUUUGUCCAGUUCCAGAUUGUAACUGUAAGUGUAAUAGUCGUUAG